AAAUUCAAAAUCUUAACUUGCUAAGAUCAAAAGAAAAAUAAAAUAAAAUAAAAUAAAAAAUAAAGCAACUUCAAAGUGAAACACACAAGAACCCUAGUCAAUUUUCUGGGUCUGAUUGAAUCGAUUCGAUCUAUUUUCCGGAUCUCGUCUACCCAGAUUGUGUCCUCAUAGAUGCACGUCUGUUGUUAGUUGCUGCGUUGGACUUUGAGCGGAAUAGUUGAAGCUUCGGGAGCUAAAGAGCAUGAGAAUUAGGGUUUCUGUGAGGUAUAGAAGAUGCUGAUUGAGUCAGAGGUGUCCUUGGCAUCUGAGGUACAACCUCAGCAAGAUAACAUUUCUAUGGUUCCGGAUGGAGAUCCUGGUGUGACACAAUCAGCCACAAAUAAUGUUGCACCACAGCAGCAGCCACCUGCCAAAAAACCAACUCGGCAAUGGGCUGCUUGGACACAUCAAGAGGAGGAAAGUUUCUUCACUGCACUCCGGCAAGUUGGCAAGAAUUUCGAGAAGAUCACUUGUCGUGUCCAAAGUAAGAACAAAGAUCAGGUCAGACAUUACUACUAUCGUCUUGUGAGGCGUAUGAACAAGCUUCUGGGUCCAGGGUUGUGUUUGGAUGCCAAAAACUCAAAGGAUACAAAUGCUGCAAUGCUUCGAUGGUGGUCUUUAUUGGAAAAGUAUAACUGCAAGGCCUCGAAACUUCACCUGAAGCCCCGGCGUUUUAAGAUAUUUAUAGAAGCCUUGGAGCACCAACUCUUGAAAGACCAAAAGAAAAAUGUGCGAAAACGUCGUCCCCUCGAGGAAAACUGUUCUUCUAUUGCUUCAACAGCUGUCACAAGCCAGAGUAGAACAUCAGCACAGGAUAGCCGCACUUGUAAACUGGUUCUUGUGGACAGUCAAAACAUUGAAAAAUUAGGACCUGGAAAGGGAUUAGUGAAGCGCAAUGCUAAUUCAGGUGGUAAUCGUUGUGGCAACAAAGGAGACACUACUGCUACAAAACCUAACAGUCAAAGACGGAAACAAGGACGUGUUGUCUCAUCUGCGGCAUAUAAAAAAUGGGAAAAGGCUGCAAUUGCUGGAGUUUCUUUGGUUGCUGAUGCUGCAGAGCAUUUGGAGAGGACAGUGACGGAUAAGGAGGUGGAAGAUGUGCAGUGCAUGCCAGAUGCAACUGAAAAUCUUCGUUUAUAUGUUUCUGAGCAUUUGGAGCGAACAAGGAUGGAUAAAGAGGUGGAACAUGAGCAGUGUAUGCCAGUUGAAAAUGGUCUUGAUCCACCGGGAGAAGUACCAUACAUGGUAACUGUUUCACAAAAUCCUUUAGUUGAGGGCAAUUCUCUCAAUUCUAUGAAACUUAAGCUUCAGUUGUUUCCCAUUGAUGAUGGUGUUCGAAGAGCCUUGGAAAUGGAUAAACAUAAUCCACACCUGGAGCUCACUCUUAGUACCCGGAAAAAGAUAUCAUCGGUAUUGGAACACAUGAACCGCAAAUGGGGCAAUUCAAGUGCAGCAUCUGGAGACGUAAUGCUUUUCCCUUACAGUGCUCAGAGGGAAAAUCUGGUGGAUUGUCAGAGAUGGACUCAGGAUUCCACUGUCAGUGCAGCUGAUGUAUAUGCAAUGAUAGGAAGUCCUCCUGUUUUUCGCUUGAGGUAUGGUUGGUUUUCGAAAUCUCAACUUGGGUCUGCAACGCCAAAACCACUGUUAGGAACCUGGUGCAUACCUUGCAGGCAUCAUAUUGAUGUUGAAAAUGUGGAGGGGCAAACUGAGGAUUCAGUUCCCACAGCUGGGCCAUCAAACAAUGAUCAGUCUGAGAAACUCGUGGAUCCAUUCAGGGAUCAACGAGUGACAAAAAAUGAUAAUCAUGAUUGUACACUGCCUUCAACAGAUGAUGUCCAUGUAAUGCAUAGGUACCUGAAUACAGGUUCCAGAAAGAAUCUUGUGGUGUCCUUUGAUUCUUCAGCGAAUAUAUCAUUGCAUAGAAAGGACAUUGGUGACAGGACUAACCCGAGACAAUUGGAAGAUGCGUAUGAUCUGGCGUUGAACAAUGGCAUGGGUCAGUCAGCUGGAGAGUGGGCAGAUAGUCUUACUAACAUAAGUGUUGGAGAUCUACUUUCAGAAUUGCCUCAGGACAUGGAUACUGAAUGUAUUGAACCACCCGCUGGUCAAUGCUUUCAGCAAAUCCCGUUCAGCUGUGAUUCGUUUGAUGCUGCUAUUGCUGCUCAUAUGUCCAGAUAUCAGAACAAGACGGGCUUUGCAUCCAUGGCAGCAUCCCAUGCAUCAUCGAUUUGGGAUGCUGAACAAACAUGUGAUGCCUUCUCAUUUCAAAAGAAUCACGUUCUUUGUCAGGAUCUUCCUAAAACAACAGAUCUAUCUUCAUCAGGGCUCUGCAAACAGGUCAAGACAACAAGCUCAGCGGCUUCUGGCGACUUGGUUGAGGAGUUAUCUGAAGCUGAGCAGCCUAUGGACUGUCCUUGUGACCCUAUGGAGGAAUGUACACAUGAUGCACAUGAUGUUUACAAUCCAGCAAAAGAUUUCACUGGGCUAACAGAUAUUUAUUGGCCUGAAUCCUUAGGACCAUUAGAUCUGGACAUUCCACCCUCAAAAUAUCAUAAUGAAGACCUGAUUUUAAGUGACAGCCUAGGUGGUUUGAAUCGUCUGAUAGCCAGCAGUUUGGACACAGUUCAGAAUUGCUCAUUUUUCGGUUUGGACAAGAAAGAACCACCAUCGACAGUCGAAACUCAUGAAACUGCCUCCUUCAUCAAUUUUAAAGUUGACAGUGGGGCUUGAAAUUGUAGUGAAUUGAUCCUCAGUGAUAAGUGAUAACAUGGUUAGAGAGAGUUAAAGGAGUUUUCUGAAUAUAGAGACUAAUUACUUUCCAGUUCUGCAGACAAAAGGUGUGUGCUCAUGGGGCUGAUACAAGCCAAGAAGAGAACUUGGCGAUGUGAAGAAUGCUCCAUCAUAGUCAUCACCCCUGUUUGUACAAAUAUCAAGAGUGUAAACAUUGCACAGUUUUCUGUUUUCAUCCAACUUUUUUUUCAGUAGUUGCUUCUGUACAUUGUUUUCCAAAGAAGUUGUGAUGUACUGUGUAAUCACAAUAGAAAAAUUAUAUUUCUCUUUUACUA